GUAUACGGGCCACGUGCUUGCUUCCACUGCAAUCCUUCUCCGGCGUUGAAUUUCUACAUCGCUGCAAAUCCAAUGCGUAGAGUGAUUUCGGUUUUUCUCCGUUGAAUUCAUCGGCUACUCUUUGGAAUCUAGAAGAAUCUAGGGUGAUUCUUCAAAAAUAACAAGAAAAAUACGGGUAGCGAUCGAUGUUCUGACGCUUCUCGAAUAUUGGUUUUCCUUAUCUCCUGGAGUGCUCAUGCAUUCUAGCUGAGGAACUGAGGUGGAAUUCGCAAUUGAAAGGAACCGUUGCAGCGUCACGAGCAUUGACAAGCUAGAAGGUUACAAUGGCUGCAUCUGAAGAGAACAACACGCUGUUUCCAAUAUUUGUAUUGACAAUGAUCGCACUUCCUCUAGUGCCAUAUACUUUCGUCAAUUUAUAUCUCACUUUCAAAAAGAAGUCUGAGAAUAUUAAUUGCCAUUGUUCAGCCUGUUUCUACUCAGGGAAGUAUCGGAAGUCCAUGUUUAGACGCAUUUCGAACUUUUCGACCUAUAGUAACCUGACAGUAGUGCUGCUCUGGGUUGUUGUUGCACUAUUGGUUUUCUAUAUCAAGCAUAGCAACACUGAGGUCAAAGUUUUUGAGCCUUUUAGCAUACUUGGAUUGGAGCCUGGAGUAUCUGAUUCAGAAAUAAAGAAAGCGUAUCGGAAACUUUCCAUUUUAUAUCAUCCUGAUAAAAAUCCAGACCCAGAGGCUCACAAGUAUUUUGUUGAUUAUAUCUCCAAGGCUUAUCAGGCGUUAACUGAUCCUGUAUCACGGGAGAACUUUGAGAAAUAUGGCCACCCUGAUGGCAGACAGGGUCUUAAAAUGGGGAUUGCUCUACCCCAGUUCCUCUUGAACAUCGAUGGAGCAUCUGGUGGAAUUUUGCUUCUUGGAAUUGUUGGAGUUUGCAUUAUUUUGCCUCUGACAAUCGCUGUCGUAUACUUGUCAAGGUCAUCAAAAUACACUGGGAAUUAUGUGAUGCAUCAUACUAUGUAUGCAUAUUACCAUUUAAUGAAGCCUUCAUUGGCUCCAAGCAAGGUCAUGGAAGUUUUCAUCAGGGCUGCAGAAUAUAUGGAAAUUCCUGUUCGCCGAACUGAUGAAGAAUCUCUUCAGAAAAUAUUUGUGCUGGUUAGGAGUGAGCUCAAUUUGGAUCUUCGAAAUAUUAAACAAGAACAAGCUAAAUUUUGGAAACAGCAUCCUGCCUUAGUGAAGUCUGAAUUGUUGAUGCAAGCACACCUGACUCGUGAAACCACAGCAUUCACUCCAUCUUUGGAGUGCGAUCUUAGGAAAAUGCUUGCCCUUGCACCUCGCCUUCUUGAAGAACUAAUAAAGAUGGCCAUUAUACCUCGCACCCAGCAAGGACAUGGAUGGCUGAGACCUGCAAUUGGAGUUAUUGAGCUGUCCCAGAGUAUUAUUCAGGCUGUCCCCCUCAGUUCUAGAAAAGCAACAGGAGCAUCCAGUGAAGGUUAUGGUCCAUUUCUCCAGCUACCACAUUUCAGCGAGUCCAUUGUUAAAAAGAUUGCAAGAAAGAAAGUGCGUUCAUUUCAAGAUCUACGCGAAAUGAAAUCACAAGUGCGCACGGAUCUCUUGACUCAAGCUGCUGGGUUUUCUAAUGAUGAAGCCAGAGAUGUCGAGAUAGUUCUUGAGAUGAUGCCUUCCAUAUCCCUCGACAUAACAUGCGAGACUGAAGGUGAAGAAGGAAUACAAGAAGGCGAUAUAGUGACAAUGCAAGCUUGGAUCAAUCUCCACAGAUGGAAUGGCGCAACUCGAGCCUUUCCACAUGCUCCCUACUUCCCUUUCGAAAAAGAAGAGAAUUUUUGGUUGCUGCUCGCUGACUCCUCCUCAAACGAGGUUUGGGUAUCGCAAAAGAUCAAUUUCAUGGACGACGCAACAGCCAUAAUCACUGCAUCAAAAGCAAUCCAAGAACUGAAGGAAGGUUCAGGCGCCAGCCCCAAAGAAAUCAAUGCAGCUGUAAAAGAAGCAUUAGAUCGAGUGAAAGCUGGUUCGCGACUAGUCAUGAGCAAGUUCCAGGCCCCUUCCGAAGGAACUUACAACCUGACCUCGUACUGCUUGUGUGACUCGUGGAUUGGUUGCGACGCCAAGUCCAAUAUUAGAUUGAAGGUUUUGAAACGAAGCCGGGCUGGCACAAGAAACUUUGCUGCUGCAGAUGAACUGCCAUCUCUAGAUGUUGGGGCUGAAGAGGAAGACGAGGAAGGAGAAGAUGAAUACGAUGAUGACUAUGAAAGUGAGUACAGCGAGGACGAUGAAGAUGGCGCCAACAAUGGUAAUAAAGAUGCCAAACAUCCAACGGCCAAUGGCUCUGCCCGCGGUAGCGAUUCCAACUCCGAUGGGUCCGAAAGCGACAAACAUUGAUUUUAUUUUUAUUUUCUUCUCCAUUUUUGCUUCUGAUGCCAUAUUUUAACUUAUAUCAAUACUGUGUAGAACCAUGUUGUAUUUUGACAAAAUCAGAGGGCGCAGUAUAGAGACUGUAAAUUACA